UAAACUGUGAGUUUAUCGUCAAGUUGAAGAACAUCUUUUUCAACUAAACCCAAAAUUACACUCAAGUCUCGUGAAACCUACCAGUAAUAAAGCAAAUUCAGAGAACGCAUUGGUGGUUAAGUUUCUAACCCACGGGAGGACUUGCCGGUCUGGUUUACUCAAGAAGCGAGCAAAAAUGAUCACAUUAUUAGACUUCUACAAAGUUAUGACCGCUAUGGUGCCGCUGUACGUGACCAUGAUUCUAGCAUAUGGCUCUGUCAAAUGGUGGAAGGUCUUCUCCCCAGACCAGUGCGCUGGCAUCAACAGAUUCGUUUCUGUCUUCGCAGUUCCUCUGCUUUCUUUCCACUUCAUCUCUUCAAACAAUCCUUUUGCAAUGAACUUUACGUUCAUGGCUGCUGAUGCCAUUCAAAAGAUCAUCGUUCUUGUCGUUCUCGCUCUGUGGGCCAACUUCAGCAAAAGGGGUUCCUUGGAUUGGGCAAUCACUAUGUUCUCAGUUGCCACCCUUCCAAACACUCUCGUCAUGGGUAUUCCUCUGCUUAAAGCCAUGUACGGAGACUUUUCGUGGAGUUUAAUGGUACAAGUUGUGGUCCUUCAGUGCCUUAGUUGGUACGGUUUGAUACUGUUCUUGAUGGAGUUCAGGGCGGCAAGAAUACUCAUCUCUCAGCAAUAUCCAGACACUGCUGGCUCAAUCGUGUCCAUUCAUGUGGAUUCUGAUGUAGUGUCGUUGAAUGGGAGGCAGCCAUUGGAAACCGAAGCUGAAGUCAUAGACGGGGAGCUUCAUGUUACUGUGAGAAAAUCCAGUGCUUCAAGAUCAGACACUUUCCCCAGAAAGUCUCAGGGUUUUAAUUCCACAACCCCACGUCCUUCGAAUCUCACCAACGCUGAGAUUUACUCUUUGCAAUCAUCUCGAAACCCAACUCCAAGAGGAUCGAGUUUCAAUUACACGGAUUUCUAUUCCGUGAUGGGUGGUGGCAGGAAUUCCAACUUCGGAGUUUCUGAUGUCUAUGGCUUUCCAGUCUCAAGAGGACCCACACCGAGACCAUCCACUUACGAGGAAGACGGGAAGACUGCGAGGUUUCAUCAUGGUGGAACAGGGAAUUACCCUGCACCCAACCUUGGAAUGUUUUCUCCUACUGGCUCCAGAAACGUUGGAGGUAAUAAUGCUAAGAGACAAAAUGUUAAUGAAAGAGACAAGGACCUUCACAUGUUUGUUUGGAGUUCAAAUGCUUCCCCUGUUUCUGAUGCUUUUGUUGGAGGUCAUGAUCAGAAGGAGCUCAGGUUGACCUUUUCUCCAGGAAAAGUGGAGGGUCACGGAGACAACCAAGAGGAGCACCAAGCAAAGGACGAUUUCAGCUUUGGAAACAGAGGAAUGGCAGAGUGUGUCAUGAAUAGUGAGAACAGUGAGAAUGUUGGAGAGAAAAAGCCAAGAACAAUGCCACCGACAUGUGUGAUGACAAGGCUUAUACUGACUAUGGUUUCGAGAAAACUUACAAGAAACCCCAACACGUACUCUAGCCUAAUCGGCAUGGUUUGGGCCGUUGUUUCAUUCAAGUGGAAUAUUGAAAUGCCUGCGAUUGUAGACAAGUCUAUAUCCAUACUGUCAGAUGCAGGACUCGGCAUGGCCAUGUUCAGUCUGGGAUUGUUCAUGGCAUUACAACCGAGGAUAAUAGCAUGUGGGAAUAAAAGAGCAGUUUUGGCGAUGGCGGUGAGAUUCCUUGUAGGUCCAGCUGUCAUGGCAGUUGCCUCCAUUCUCGUUGGCAUCAGAGGCCUUCUCUUACGCGUUUGCAUUGUUCAGGCAGCUCUACCACAAGGAAUUGUGCCCUUCGUCUUCGCCAAGGAAUACAACGUCCAUCCUGAUAUUCUCAGCACAGCAGUGAUUUUUGGGAUGUUGGUGGCAUUGCCAAUAACGUUGGUUUACUACAUCUUGCUGGGCAUAUGAUCAUUAUUACGUGAUGGAUUCAAACAUUAAUUUAGAGAUUGUAUUUUGUGAUGCUUAUGAUUUGACUGGAAAUUCAGGCAUAGCAGUAGUAGAAUUUUUCAGGCACAGUGAAGACCAUUCAAAUAGGAAAAAGCAAAUCGGAUUGGUAGCUUGCUAGAAGAGAGAUAAUCCCAUUUGCUUCUUUUAUUUUAUUUUUCUCGUUUAUUCUCUUCUUUCUCUUUUUUUUUUUUUGGGGAAUAUUGAG